AUGGGUUUUCCACAAGAGCCUUGUCCCAUUGAAGGAGGAAUGAUGGUCUGGUUCAAAUUUCAGAAUCACCCAUUUUGGCCUGCAGUAGUAAAGAGUGUCAACCAAACAGAGCAGACUGCAAGGGUGCUUUUGGUUGAGGCAAACAUGCACUGUGAAAUGAGUGGCAUUCGAGUUCCUCUUCGAAGAUUAAAGCACCUGGAUUGUAAAGAGAAAGAACUAAUAAAGAGAGCCAGGAAAUUGUACGAGCAAAGUGUGAACUGGUGCUUCUCCCUGAUUGCCCACUACAGAGAAAGGCUCAGGCGAGGUUCUUUUGCAGGCAGUUUCCUGGACUAUUAUGCUGCUGACAUCAGUUACCCAAUUAGGAAAGCCAUCCAAGACAGGGAUCUGGAGAUUGAUUUCCCAAAGGUGAAUUAUGCCGACCUGGAAGAUUCUGAGGAGGAGACCUCCCUGGACGGGAAGAGGCCCUGCAAGAAAAUUCUCCCUGACCGGAUGAAGGCUGGGGACCGAGCCAACCAGAAGCUAGUGGACUUCAUCGUGAAAACAAAGGGGGCCGAUCACCAUCUUCUGGACAUUGUCCAAGGCAGGAAACAGUCUAGGUGGCUGGUAUCAUUUAGGAAUUCGAGCAGGUACGUGAUCUGCGUUGAAACAUACCUGGAGGACGAAGACCAGUUGGAUGUGGUGGUAAGACAUUUACAAGAAAUCUACAAACAACUAGACAAGAAAACGCUGAAUCUGGUAAGGGAUGACAAAGUGAGUUUUGUUCUGGAAGUUCUUCUGCCAGAAGCAAUCAUUUGUUCAAUUGCUGCACUUGAUGGAUUGGAUUACAAGGAGGCAGAAAAAAAGUACCUACAGGGGCCACCUGUGCAUUACCGGGAAAAAGAGCUAUUCGAUAAAAAUAUCCUAAAGAAAUAA